AUGGAGCGACGACGUCUGCACUACUACCCCGGCUACGGGUCGGCUGCUUCAACAUGUAGCGCAAAUAAUGCCUUCUCGUCCAAGGAGUCAAGGAUAGUUCUUGCAUUCUCUGCCCUCUACUUUCUCGUGUACUGCUGCCUUUCUGCUAUUGCGGCCACUCGUUUCUUUUCCAGCAAGAGAAGAGCCAGCACAUUUAGACGAUGGUUCCUCUUUGGUGUCUCGAUUUACUCUAUGAUCAUUUCACAAAUUAUAUACAUUGUCAUUAUUACUCUCUGGGAAUGCGAAGUUAUCGAUUCACCGACCUACAAUCUCACCACCAUCUCAAUAGAUUGGUUUGAUUAUCUAGGAUAUUAUGCUCUCUAUGCAGUGAUCCUGCUCCCCAUCUGUCGACGUCUUCACCAGCAAGCCCAAAAUGACAGGUUAAUCGUCGUCACUCACUCUGUCUGUCUUGCACUCCUGGGAAUCCUUUUCAUCGCCGCCCUGGCUCUGGAAACCGACAUCGCGAACGGAAUCUACAACUCACAGAACUAUACCUUUUAUAACCUGGUCAAACCUGAGCGGGACCUUCGCACAGCGUGCUAUGCUUUCGAGGUGGUUGCCAUGUUAAUGGCCGCAGCCAGUAUGAUUAAGGCUAUGAUGCGAGCACCCCACCUACGAAAGGGGACACUUGGUUCAUCUCUCGCCGUCCUCAUCAUCUCCUGCCUCGGAUUACCUCUCACCAGGCUCGCCGGCUAUGUCGAGUCUUCCUAUUGGGUAGUUAAGACCCAAAGCGAGGUUGCCUAUGCGAACCGCUCGCUGGAGGCACGGAUAUUCAUUAUGUACUUUUUCUACUCUUGCGCCUUUCUGAGUGCGCUGUUAGUGGCUGGGUUUCGUCGCCUGGCGAAUGAUUCAUACAAGUGGACUCGGACAGCUGCAAUGGGACCUGUCUAUGCGCCGGAAGAACAUCCGAUCCGACAAGCCUAG